GAUGUAUACUCCACUUUAUAAAACUGUUACAUCCGGCAAAAUUUGUUUUAUAGAGGACAAACAUAUUCAUCAGCUUUGAAGGUGUUUGACAGUAAUCGAAUUUGAUGGUUCGUCUUCUAUAGCUACGUACAUAUUUACGAGUGUACAUUGGUGGUUCAAAGGUCAUAUGCAUAAAAAUCAUCGGGAGAAGAAGUAGCUUUGUCUCGCAACCAAAACCCUUAAUAACAGCUGCAAACCUACUAUGACUACUCCGUUUGUAUCAAAUGAUAAACACAAUUUCCAAUGUGUUACAGUAGCCAGUGUGAAUUUUAUAAAACUGCCUCUUAUCGACAUUUUGACUAAAAAUAUCAAACCUGUAGAUCUAUACAGAAAGAUAUCUUCAUGUAAAGAUUUACUGCAAGGAAAGAGUAAACUUAGUUACGACCAACGUCAAGUUUGUUAUAUUACACCACCUGGCAUUCCCGACUACAGCAGAUUUGAUGUCACGUUGCUUUACAAACUUAUCAGACAUUUAUGUUCCUUACCGAGUCCAACUCAAGGGUGGGGAAAACCCCCACAAACCACUGAUACUCGGAUAAGUGAUGACAUCGAACGUCUUAGAAUGUUUAGAAACAACUACUAUGCACAUGCCAAAUCUGCGGCUAUUCCUGAUUCUGUGUUUGGAACUAUUUGGAUGGAUUUAAACGAUGUCAUAACUAGAAUUCAGACAAAUCUUCCUGGGAGCAUUGAUUAUCAAAAAGAACUGUUGGACAUAAAAAGUUAUAAAUGUACAAUCCAACAUUUUGAGACGUGCAAAGUCCUUUUGGAAGCUUACCUGAAAUUUCAGACCGAUGAUAAAGAUGAACCAGGUUUUUCAAUAAAAGGUGAAGAUAAAGUAAUAUGCGGAGGGAUAGCACAAAUUGAAGCAGAGGUGACAGGAAUAGAGACUGCAUGUAGGUCAAUAACAUGGCAGAAAAGGAAAGGUAAGGAUUUCGAGGAUAUUAACACACGGGAUGAGAAGUACAGUGGAAGUACCAACAAAAUACUUGUCAUACAAUCUGUAUGUAAAGAGGAUGAAGGGGAUUACCGGGCAAUUCUAUCUCUAGAAUCAAACGAAAACGAUCAUGAAAAAUCCAGAAAUACAAUUCGUCUGACUGUACUUGGAGAGCUCCCAUGUUUAAACGAUUUGAAUGUUACAACCGGAGAUGAAGAGGUUAAAAUCCACUGCAGCUACGAAGUUUUAGAGCUGUCACCUAAAGUGCAGAGCAUAGAAUGGAGAAGAGAUGGAAAACUACUGUAUAUGAAAAGCCAAAAUUUUGUUGGAGGAAAUGUUAAAGAAUGCUGUUUUACAAUCCCAUCACCUUCCAAAGAAGAUACUGGGAAUUACUCCUGUACUUUAAUAAGUGCUGUGGGAUCUGUAUCAAAAGAUGUGACUAUUGGUUUUCCACGUGCUCAAAUUUCAGUAGAUCAUAAAGAUAUUCAUGUUGGAUCUGAGAUAAAGAUAAUGUCUAUUGAUAUAUCAAAUCCACCAGCUGACAAAUUUGAGUGGCAGAAAAGCAAAGAUGGGAAAGUUUUUGCCUCAAUUGACAUUACAAAACCAAAAUAUUUUGGUAGUAAUCGUACUUCGAAACAUCCCAUACUUGUUAUCCCAAAAGCUACCUUUGAGGACAAACUUUAUUAUCGGCUUGUUCUCUGGAAUAAAUUUGGAGAAGAUGUCAGCAACACAGUGGAUAUAAAUAUAACAGGAAGCGUUCCUAAUAUCUCGACAACCCAGUAUACGAACAUUAAUGAAAAGUCAGUAAAAUUGAUUGGUACCGUGUUUACUGACUGUGAUUCACCUCCGAUAAACGAAGUAUACUGGACAAAAAACGGCGACAGCAUAGAUAUUCAGGGAAGUGGCGGUCGGCUUUUUACUGACAAUCACGACCUUAUCAUCAAAAACGUCGGCCAGGACGAUGCAGGCGAUUACAGGCUUACAGCUUCCAACUCAGUCGGGUCGACUACAAGUGAAGUCAUUGUUCUUGGUCCUCCUCUUGUUUUUGUGGAAAGAAAUGAAGAUAAAGAAAACGGAAGCCUAUUGUUUAAGGCGAGAAUAGAAGCUAUUCCAACACCUUACCAUAUUCAGUGGAGUAAAAGAGGCACAUGUGACAAUAGUUCUACGCCAGUAGAUGUUAAUGCUGAGGAAUAUAAAGGGUCGACUAAUUCUCUUCCUCACCCGGUGCUUGUUUUGAAUAAUAGAACUGAGCUUGAAAAUAACAGUUACCAAAUAACUGUUACGAACUUUGUUGGAAGCACUGUCUGUUCAGAUUCAGAAAAAGAAGAAGUUUACACAAAAGGAGACUUACCAAAGGAUUGUUCUUCGAUAUCUGCACAAUAUGCCAUUACUUGUGCUCUGUGUGAAAAAAGUGCCGUUUAUUAUUGCAAGCCUUGUGGAUUAAAACUGUGCUGGGAAUGUAAAAUAAAACAUUUGGCUAAAAAUAAACACAACAGGAUGGAAAAGUCUAACAACCCAUUUAUUGAAUGUAAUAGCCAUUUCACAGAAACAUGUUUGUUUUAUUGUAAAGACUGCAACAUUCCAACCUGCGUCACAUGUGUGACAAGUGAUCAUAGAAAACACAAUUUUAUAUCAUUACAAGAUUUUCUAAACGAAAAGAAAGAAAACAUUUCAAACGAAAUACAAGAACUGGAAACCACAUCAUUGCCGGAAUUAAAGAGGCACACAUCAGGCGUAGACAGAGAGAAAUACAAACAGACUAUUAGCAAAAUAUCUGUUCAUGAAGAAUUAAUUUGUAAGGCUGUGCGAGAGGCUGGAACUAACCUAAAAAGCUUAGUACACAAGCAAAUGAAAGAAAAUCUAGAAAAAACUGCAAAGAACACUUUGGAAGAGACAGCGAUUGUACGAAUGAUUCGAGAGACAAAGAGACUUCUGGAAAGAAAUAAUCCUAUUGAAGUCUUGCAAUUUAAAGGAAUUAAGUGUCAAGUAAAGAUUUGUCCUCUUAUCGUCGACAGAAACACGCCUGUUUUUCAAGGAACUACUCUACAAGAAGGGGUUAUUCAAAAUCUGCUUGGUUCUCUGGUUAAUAGCAAAGAUAUGAAUACAGAAAUUGGGGCUAAUAUACCUGUACUCAUGAAGCAAAUAUGGUUUCAUGGAUUCAUUCCAAAAAAAGAAGCAGAACAAUUUCUUAAGAGAAAUGGAGAUUUUCUCGUUCGGGAAAUGAUGAACAACACAGAACAAGACCGUUUCGUAAUUUCUUCAUACCAUAAUGGUCCUCUCCACUUCAAAGUUACUGCUGAAUAUAUUGUUGUCAAAGUAGGUCAAAAUAACACAUUGGUUGACUUGAUAAACCAUUUGGUGUCUUCUGGUCAACCUUUAUCGAAUGACAAUCUAUCCAUUCUGAAGUUUCCAGUUGAUCGAAAGCAACAUCAGAUAGAUAGAUGUCAAAUUACAUUGGGUUCUAAAAUCGAAAAUAUAACUAAAGGUGACAUGCUGGACGGAACUUUUGGAACUUUAAAAGUGCUAGUGUGUAUUGAUAACGAAUGUGAAAUUCGAUUGUUCAAGAAUAUAAAUCUUUUACGUGAAUUGAUUGACCCAAACAUUGUUGAUAUGGAAGGAUACUCUGCACUACAGAAACCAGUUUUUCUUGUGUUGGAGAAUAUGACUGGGUCCUUGUUGACAUGCUUGAGGCGCAAUAAAGCGUUUAUUUCAACCAAGAAACGAACAGAUAUGUGCCUUGAUGUUUCAAAAGGAAUGGAUUAUUUACAUCGGCAAAAUUUUAUCCAUAGUGAUGUUGCUGCCAGAAACUGUUUGGUUACUGAUGGUGGUAUUGUCAAAAUAUAUGAUUUCUGGAUGACAGUACAGGGGAAGGAGUAUCAACUACAACACGAUCAAAUAAAUCAAUUACAUAUUAAGUGGACAGCACCAGAGACACUUGUAUCGGGUAAACUUACUCUUUUGAGUGACGUUUGGGGUUUUGGUAUCUUGAUGUGGGAGAUAUUCUCGUCAGGAAAAUGUCCUUACCCUCAGUUUACUGAUGUAGAAACCAAGGAAAAAGUACUCAAAGGAUACAGAAUGGAUUCCCCGGAAAAUAUGCCAAAGUCCUGCUAUAGUUUAAUGCAGAAGUGCUGGGAACUCAGGUCUGCGAAGAGGUCUCACUUUAAGGACCUUGUGAAAAAACUUAAAAGUAUGAUUAAAAAAAUGAAGUUAUAGUAAGACAGGCAAGUAAUUACAGAUAUGCGGAUGACAAUGAAAUAAGCGUAUCUUGAUUUUAAAUUGCAAAAGGUUUUACAAAAACAUGUAAUAAACAUUGGCUAUUACUACCAAACUCUACAAAACGUUGAAGAAUUCACCAGUUCUCAAUUUAAAGCAUGUUCAUAUCUUUAAUGCACCCAUCAUUUUAUUCAAAUAUUCAAUCUGUAUAUAUGAGAAACCUUAGAAUAUUUGAUGGAUCAAUCAUUCUAAAAACAACAUGUAUACUAUAGUAAAUGUGUUAUAAUAUCAUAUAUAUGCUGUAUCCACUGAACAUAAUACAUGUGUUAUCUACUUUUUAAUAAAUGGAAAAAAAAUUAAUUAACUGUUAACCUAUCCAUUCUAUUUUAACCAAAAUCAUUUAUUGUCUUUAUUUGAAUUUUAUCAUUCAAAGAGAA